GCUCAGUUGUGGAACAUGUUCCAACUUGACAGAAUCUUAGUCAACGAGAUCAAGCUGCUCUUUUUGAUAAAAUGUAUAUACACAUUAUGGCUAACUCUUCUUCCUUUGGCUCUUUCCAGACCCAAAACAAAAUGCAUCUUAGAUUCUUGAUCCUUAUCUUCUUCUUCUUCUUCCUUUUCCUCAAUUGCAGAGCCCAAAACAAUCAAUGUUCACCUUCUUCCUGUGGAAAAAUCAAGAAUAUAAGCUACCCUUUUAGCCUAAAAUCCGAUCCAAAAAGCUGUGGAGACCAAAGGUAUGUUCUUUCUUGCGAGAACAAUAUCACAAUACUAAACCUCUAUUCAGGAAAAUACUCCGUGGAAGCAAUCAAUUACAUUAACCAUACCAUAAGAGUGGUUGAUCCAGGAAUUCAAAAGGGCAAUUGCUCUUCUCUCCCUCGUUACCCUAUUUCAAGGUACAACUUCAGACAGGGUGACCCAUAUGAGCUUCAACAAUGGAGCACAGAUUGGACUCUGAAGCUUAUGUCAAAGACACUGGUUUUCGUGAGUUGUGAAAAAACAGUCAAAUCCCAUUUUUAUAUAGACACUUCUUCUUGCUCAUCUAAUGGUUACAAAAACCAUUCUUAUGUAAUAGUCAAUGGGAGCUUGACUGUUUCGGACAUGGAUAAAUCAUGUGGUGUAAAGCUAACGACUUUAGUAUCUCAGCAUAGAAACAAUAACACCAAUGCUUCUUCAUUCAUGGAUAUUCAUAAUGAGAUGGCUUUUGGGUUUAAGCUUUCAUGGAUUCCAGGAAUCACUCCACUUCCAAUCCGAAUAAGCCUGUGGGAUCAAAUAUUGCAAGACCUUAGUACUUACCGAUAUUUGAUACUAUUUAUACUUGGAGCUGUGAUUGUAGGAAGGGCCAUAUUAGGGACUCCAUGUUUGUGUAUCUUUUUGUUCUACACAUGGAGAAGGCGACAUUUAUCGAUGUAUGAUCGUAUUGAAGAAUUCUUGCAAAGUUAUAACAAUCUUGUACCUAUAAGAUACUCGUAUUCAGAUAUUAGAAAGAUGAGCCAAGGGUUUAAAGAUAAAUUGGGUGAAGGAGGCUAUGGCUCUGUGUAUAAAGGAAAACUUCGAAGUGGUCAUUUAGUAGCAAUUAAGAUGUUGGAUGCAUCUAAAGGAAAUGGGGAUGAUUUUGUUAAUGAAGUUGCUACAAUUGGUAGGAUUCAUCAUGUUAAUGUUGUUAGACUAAUUGGAUUUUGUGUUGAAGGUUCAAAGCGUGCUCUUAUAUAUGAUUUUAUGACUAAUGGAUCUCUUGACAAACAUAUUUUCUCUAAGGAAGGAAUUGACUCUUUAAGUUAUGAGAUGAUGUUCGAAAUUUCACUUGGAGUGGCUCGGGGAAUUGAGUAUCUUCAUCAAGGAUGCGAAAUGCAGAUUCUGCAUUUCGAUAUCAAGCCACACAACAUCCUUUUAGAUGAGAAUUUUGUAACAAAAGUUUCAGAUUUCGGCUUAGCUAGAUUAUGUCCAUUGGAUAAUAAUAUUGUGUCUUUAACUGCAGCGAGAGGAACCUUAGGAUACAUAGCUCCAGAAUUGUUUUACAAAAACCUCGGAGGAGUUUCUUAUAAAGCUGAUGUCUAUAGUUUUGGCAUGUUAUUGAUGGAAAUGGCGAGUAGAAGAAGGAAUAUAAAUUCAGCAGUAGAGAAUUCGAGCCGAGUUCACUUCCCAUCUUGGGUUUCUAACCAAUUCAGUGAAGGAAAUGAUUUUGAUUUUGGUGUUGGGACAGUGGAGGAAGUAAAGAUCAUAAAGAAGAUGAUGAUAAUUGCAUUAUGGUGUAUACAAUUCAAGCCAUCUGAUCGUCCUUCAAUGACCAAAGUGGUAGAGAUGCUUGAAGAUCAAACUGAGUCCUUAGAAAUGCCUCCAACUAAAUUCACAUUCUAUUGUUCAAAUGAGGCACCAAUGGAGGAUCUUGGAGAGAACAGUUCAUCCUCAACAUGGUCAUCCACACAAUCAGGGGACAAUUACUCAGAUACUACUUUAAGUCAGAUAUCAGAUUAAAGAGAUGUACAAUAAAACACAAUAAAAAA